AUGCAGACGAGUCUUCCACAGGACCUUGUCCCUCUCGUCAAGUUUCCGCCGCGCCACCGUCGCGAACCCCAGCUGUACAUCGUGGACCCCACUUCGAAAGGCAGUGUCGAUACCUGCUUUAACGAGCCAGGGAGUGGUAGAGAGAUUUCAUCUCUAGUAUCUGUUCAAAGACACUUGGUUGGAGAAGUAGACGACAGACGCUUGUCUCGAAGUCCAAAGUUUUAUGAGAAACGCAGAACCGAACAGGGUAAUCGCGUUGCUUCCAAGGAUUUCCGUUUGCCUAGAGGAUGGACCGUUAAAGAGGUUCCGAGGAGAAACUCCCCUCGUAGUAUUGAUAAGUAUUAUACAGAGCAAGAAACGGGAAAACGGUUCCGGUCCCUUGUUUCCGCUGAGAGGUACUUGAACUCUGUCGGGAACGGUACAGUUGCGUCGGUUUUGCACUCUGUUCCGCUUUUGGCGAUUUGUAAUGGUACUGGAUAUGCGCCGGUGAAGUACACGCAAUGA